GAAGAUUACAACUUACGACUACGAUUCAGUACAAAAGCCAGUGAUGGUCUUCUACUGCUGAUCUCCGCACAGUCCGGUGACGUAACACAAAGUUACGUGCCAUCGAAGGAGACAAACUUAUCGGAAAUCACUAUCAUUGAAAUACGUCAGGGCUAUGUUGAAUACAGUAUUCACUUGCCCAUUAGUGGGACACAAUAUCGAGUCGGAUCGAGAACGGUGCUGCGUAUUCGAUCAGAUCGUUCUAUCACGGAUGGACAAUGUCAUACUAUUCAUAUUGCGCGAAGCCAAAAACGAGCCACAUUGAUUACGGACCAUCAUAUGGUAUCUGGAGAAUUUCAGGAUACCUAUUUGAAUUACAAUCCGAACAACGUCGUCUUUUUCGGCGGCCUCGCGAUCAACAAUACCGGUUUUCCUAGUGACUAUCAGAAUUUUACCGGCUGUGUUGGAGACGUGUUUGUGAAUGAGCAUAGCGUGCAACUGUUGACCACAGCAAGCGAAUUACGCGGUCCGGUCGAACCGUGUCAAUAA